AUGUCUCUUCUCAGACAUUACAAUCCUGCCUCAGCCGGUCCAUCACAUAUGGUCUGGUCUGGUCUGGUCUACAACACCGAGGUCCCAGUCCUGCCCCCGUUCUUCCAGACGCUGACUUGUCCGCCCACGCGCAAGAUUCAAGUCCGCUUAGUCUACCGACCCAUCUGA